AUGUAUGCUUUACUAACGACGUCGUCUUUAAUAUAUGGUGCCGAAAACUCUACGGUAUUAGUGGGAAUAGAAGCCUCACUCAACAGUAGACCUUUGAUUUAUGAGAGUGGUGAAAAUGAUACAGAGGAAGCUUUGACCCCAGCUCAUUUCCUAACUGGUCGAAAGUUGACCAUUGUUCCAUCCGGACCUGAGUCAAGAAAUGAUAAGCUCACAAAUAUUUACCGGCAACAGCAAGACUUACUGGAUACAUUUUGGAAAAGAUGGUCCAAAGAAUAUCUUUUGGAGUUACGUACAUUUCAUCAAGUACGAAAUGUAAAGGAAACACCACGAGUACGAGUAGGAGACUUGGUCCUAUUACAAGAAGAUCUGCGACCACGACAAAUGUGGAAGAAAGCUCUCGUGGUGAAAUUAAUCGAUGGCCGGGACGGAAGAAUUCGAACCUGCAUCCUUCGUGUCAAAGGAAAGGAGAUUACCCGUCCAAUUCAACUGGUCAUACCUCUGGAUGUUGACCAGGGUGGGGAGGAUGUUGCGGCAAGAAAGGCACGGGAUAAUAACUUGGAACGUCUUUUAACAAAGGAAGAUAAUUUGGUAAAUAGUUUUGAAACUAAAACUGUAGUUGUGAGGUGA